UAAAUAGCCUCUCUAGAUUCCCUCCCUUUCUCACAAGAACCAAAUCCUCCAUUCCCUCUGCAUCUUCCGUUAUUAUCUCUCCCAAUUUUCUUGUGGUUGUCAAUCCUCUUUCUUUGUUGGGAAAAUUUCAGAGGAAUUCUUGGUUUCUCCCUAUAUUUAUUCCGCCAUUGACGAAGAUUUUAUAAGUAUCUGAGAGAAGAAGCGUUGAUGUUGUAAUGGAGGCGAAACGCGGUAAGAAGUCUAGCAGUGGCAGUAGCGAUAAUAGUAGAAGGCAACAAUACGAAGCUCCUCUUGGUUACAUUAUUGAAGACGUUCGUCCACACGGUGGUAUUGAGAAGUUCCGAUCUGCUGCGUAUUCCAACUGCGUGAGGAAACCAUCCUGAUACCUUCUGUCUCUGUAGAUUACGAGUUCUGGUUUCGAAUUUGUUUUUUCUAUUGUAAUUGGGGCUAAUUUCUUGUGCAUUCUGAGAACUGAAACCUUCUGAAUUUCUUUCGCUUGCUUUCGUUGAUUUUCCUGUAAUUUAGAGAGGCUUUGAUUUUCUCUCCAACCAUGACUGUGUUCACCAAACUCCUAGAGGCAUCUGCGGCUCCGCAACAAUCUCCUUCUCCAAUCGGUUUCGAAGGCUUCGAAAAACGCCUGGAAAUCACAUUCGCAAAACUGCCUAUUUUUCAGGACUCUGAAGGACUUGGUCUCCGAGCUUUGACUCGAUCUCAACUCGAUUCAAUCCUUGAACCUGCAUUCUGCACUAUCGUAUCUCAUCUCUCUAACUCCGAUUUCGAUUCUUACGUCCUCUCCGAAUCGAGUCUCUUCGUUUAUCCACAUACGAUCAUCCUCAAAACUUGCGGCACCACCAAGCUUCUCCUCUCCAUUCCGAUGAUUCUCGAACUUGCUGAUUCGAUCAAACUCUCCGCUGUCGCCGUGAAAUACUCCCGCGGAACCUUCAUCUUCCCCAACAAUCAACCUGCUCCUCACCGUAGCUUCUCCGAGGAAGUUACCGCACUUAAUGUCUACUUUGGUGAUUUCUACUCCGAGGCGUACGUGAUCGGCGAUCCGGCUGUUCCGAAUCGCAACUGGCACAUCUACUCAGCCGUAAAAUCGCGUACGACCGUGAAUCGUACGGAUAUGAUUACUCUGGAAAUGUGUAUGACGGGUUUGAACAGAGAAAAGGCCGCGGUGUUUUUCAAAAAAUCUGGAGGCAACUCAUCGGCGGAGAAAAUGACGAAAAUGUCCGGAAUCUCUGAGAUAAUUCCGAAUCAUGCCAUCUGCGAUUUUGAAUUUGAUCCGUGUGGAUACUCCAUGAACGGGAUCGAAGGUGCAGCGUACUCUACUGUGCACGUGACUCCAGAGGAUGGUUUCAGUUACGCCAGCUACGAGGCGAUGGGCUUCGAUGUGGCGGAGCUUCCUUUCUCGCAUCUGGUAAGCAGGGCGCUCCGGUGCUUUUCUCCGGCGGAAUUCUCGAUCGCCAUCACGUCGAGCAGCGGCGGCGGCUCCCACACGUGGUCUGUUGACGAUGCGGACGUGGAGGGGUACACGUGUGAUAACAUGGUGAAGCAGGAGCUGCCAGGUGGCGAGUGGCUAGUUUACCGUACGUACACAGUGGAUAGAAGAAGAAGGUGCGCCGAGCUCCCACCGUGCAAGUCGCUGCUGCUGCUGCAGUGCUGGAAGGAGGCCGCCGCCGCCUCCGAUGUGGGUGAGGAAGAGGCUGUGCUUCGCCGUGUGUUGUCGGCCUAGUUUAGUGUCGAUGUGUUGUCUGUGGUGCUUUGGGAGCAGUUAAGAUUUUAUUUUACAGUAAUGGUUUUGUGUUGUAAUGAUUCUCAUAAUGUAUGGUUUUGAAUUUGGGCAGUUCUGUUUA